UUCCUUUUCACGUUCUCUUUUUGUUUCCAGCUGGUUCUGGUUUAUCAAUAAAAGUUACGAAACAAACAUUUGUCUCUGUCUCUCUGGAAGAGAUCAACAACUUUUAUCAUCAUGUCAUCUUCAACUGUCAACGUGAACCGUGGCGUUGGCGCUUCUUCAAGCACACUCGAUGUCAACGCAGACAAAGCUCAUCGUGCCGUGGAUAUGAGCACGAUUGAACUCAAAGCCGAUGAUCUUUACGAUAAAGAAAAAGUCGAUUUGGAAUCAAUCGAAAUGGACGAUGUUUAUACCCUUUUGCAAACAACAAGCGGUGGUAUUACAGAUGCAGAAGCAGAAAGAAGAACUGGGAUCUUUGGUCCUAAUGCACUCGAAAGUGAAGAAGUCAACCCAAUCUUGCAAUUCUUGUCGUUCAUGUGGAACCCUCUCUCUUGGGUUAUGGAAGGUGCAGCAAUUGUUGCUAUCGCUUUAUCCAACGGUGAAGGCAAAGCUCCUGAUUGGCCUGAUUUCGUCGGUAUCGUUUUGCUCUUACUCAUCAACGCAACGAUUGGUUUUAUUGAAGAACGUAGUGCAGGUAAUGCAGUUAAAGCUUUGAUGGACUCUUUAGCACCCAAAGCCAAAGUCAAGAGAAACGGUGAAUGGAGAGAAAUUGAAUCUUCUCAACUUGUACCUGGUGAUGUGAUUUCUUUCAAGAUUGGUGACAUCGUUCCCGCAGAUUGUCGUUUAUUCGAUGCAUUGAAUGUCUCUAUUGAUCAAGCAGCCUUGACAGGUGAAUCUCUUCCCGUGACAAAGCAUGAAGGUGAUCAAUGUUUCUCUGGCUCAACAUGCAAACAAGGUGAAGCAGAAGCUGUCGUUAUCUCUACUGGUGCAAACACAUUCUUUGGUCGUGCAGCUGCUUUGGUCGGACAAGACGAUGAUUCUACCGGUCACUUGCAAAAGGUUCUAGCAAAGAUUGGAUUGUUCUGCAUUUGCUGUAUCGGUUUGUUCGUCGUUUUGGAAAUCCUGAUCUUGUACGCUGGAUACCGUUACUCUUACCGUCGUGGUUUGGAUAACAUUUUGGUCUUGCUCAUUGGUGGUAUUCCAAUUGCUAUGCCAACUGUUUUAUCAGUCACUUUGGCAGUCGGUGCAAGUCAAUUGGCAAAGCACAAAGCAAUCGUUACUCGUAUUACUGCAAUUGAAGAAUUGGCAGGUGUUACCAUCCUUUGCUCAGACAAGACAGGUACUUUGACAACAAACAAAUUGACAAUUGACAAGGAGCUUUUAAAGACAUACUCUACCUUCAACGCUGAUGAUGUCAUCCUUUACGCUGCUUAUGCUUCCCGAACAGAGAAUCAAGAUGCAAUCGACGGAUGUGUUGUUAACACAUUGGGCAACACUGCCAGAGCCCGUGACGGUAUUCAAGUUCUGGACUUCAAGCCAUUCAACCCUGUGGACAAACGUACGGAAGUGACAUACUUGGAAACUGCAACUGGUAAGGUCAAACGUGCAACCAAGGGUAUGGCAAGUACAAUUAUGAAUCUCUGCACUCGUAACAAAACACCCGAACAAGAGGCUGCAUUGGAAGCAGAUGUGAACGAAUUUGCAAGUCGUGGUCUUCGUGCCCUUGCUGUCGCAUGCGAAGAAGUUCCAAGUAACGAAAAAGAAGGCGAAGGUUCUGGAUUUGAAUUGAUUGGUUUGUUGGCAAUCUUUGAUCCUCCACGUGAUGAUACCAAACAAACUCUUGAAGAUGCUCAAGCAUUAGGUGUUCAAGUCAAGAUGGCAACAGGUGAUCAAUUGGAAAUCGCAAAAGAGACCGGUCGUAGAUUGGGAUUGGGUGAUAACAUGUACAACGCAAAAGCAUUACAAACAGGUAUCCCUCCUGCCGGUUGCCCUUACGGUACUUUGGACGAAAUGAUUCUCAAAGCAGAUGGUUUCGCAGGUGUUUUCCCUGAACACAAGUUUGAAAUCGUUAAACGUUUACAAUCUCUUGGACACUUGACAGCAAUGACUGGUGAUGGUGCAAAUGAUGCCCCUGCUCUUUCUCGUGCAAAUGUUGGUGUGGCAGUCGAAGGUGCAACUGAUGCAGCUCGUGGUGCAGCAGAUAUUGUCUUGACAGAACCCGGUCUUUCCACCAUCGUUGAAGCAAUUCGUGGCUCUCGUAUUAUUUUCCAACGUAUGAGAAAUUACAGUAUCUAUGCAUGCGCUGUCACCAUUCGUGUCGUGGUUUGCUUUGCCAUUAUGGCAUUCGCAUGGAAGUUCGAUUUCCCUCCAUUCAUGAUCUUGAUUGUCGCUUUGCUCAACGAUGGUACCAUUAUGACUCUCUCUAUGGAUCGUGUCUUGCCUUCUGAUGAACCUGAUUCAUGGGACUUGUUCGAAAUUUUCACUUUCGCUAUCGGUUACGGUCUUUACUUGACAUGCUCAACUCUGGUCUUGUUCGCUUUGACAGUUCACUCCAACUUCUUUGAACGCAAGUUUGGUGUCAAGGGAUACCAUGAAGACAUCAAUGCACCUGAAUUACACAUGAUCGUUUAUUUGCACACAAGUAUCACCAGUCAAGCAUUAAUCUUUAUCACCCGUAGUAAAGGAUGGUUCUUCAUGGAACCACCAUCAUUGGCUUUGUUCUUGGCUUUCUGCGUUGCACAAGCAAUCUCUUCCGUUGUAGCAGCAUUUGCAAGUUGGGGUUUCACUUCCGUCAAGCCAAUCAGUGGAGGAUGGAUUGGAAUCAUUUGGGUUUGGUCUUUGAUGUGGCUAUUCCCAUUGGAUUUGGUCAAAUUCGGAAUUCGCAAAUUGGUCAGAUCCGUUCGCAAGAGCCAAGCAAGACACCGCAACCGUCAUGCAGAACACGAAGCCGAAAUCAACCGUCGUGCUUCUCGUCACGAAAGCUUGUACGCAUCACGUACAUCCUUCCUCAAACGUGCUCAACGCAAAAUGGGCUUCGGCAAACGUGGAAAGCGUCUACAUAUCAAUGAAGGAGAAGUGGCAAGGGUUAGCACGAUUCAAACUCAACAAGCCAGCAGAAGAUUAUCGCGUGUUGGUCAUUAGUUUCGUUCUUCCAUCUCUCGUCACAGCUGGACUGUAUCCACCUUUGAUCUUUUGAUGAAAAACAGUCGUUCGUAUUCCAUUUUUUUGAUAUCU